AUGGAUGACUUCCAGGGCUCUGAGGAGACCUCAUUUGUUGUAGAUGAAGUUAGUGGGAUAACUAAAGAGUCUAUAGAAAGUUCAAUUGGCGGUAACGGUAAUGCUUACCAGCACAACAAAGUAAACCAGUGGACCAACAACGUUGUGGAACAGACAUUAAGUCAGCUUACAAAAUUGUCCAAGCCAUUCAAGUACAUUGUGACAUGUGUAAUUAUGCAAAAGAAUGGUGCAGGGCUUCAUACAGCAAGCUCAUGUUUCUGGGAUAACUCAACUGAUGGAAGCUGUACUGUAAGAUGGGAGAACAAGACCAUGUACUGUAUUGUCACUGCCUUUGGACUUGCAAUAUAGGCUUUUCAUGUCAGAA